UCGAAAACUGGGACACCGAGACCCUUGUCCUUCACCUGCAAGAGCAGGGCCUAAAGCUUGACGAUGAAGACUUCGCUAUUAUCCGCAAAGAAAAGAUCGUUGGCCUUGACUUCCUUGACUUGACCGAAGAAAAGUUCCGUAGUUAUGGGCUUGCAGGUGGACCAGCAAUGAGACUCGCAAAAGAGGCAAAUGCUCUCAAAACCGCACCGAAGCGUCCUUUCUCUUCAUACCACAGUUUGAAAGAAGUGCUGGCAAAAUAUGGGAUUGAUGAUAAUCGAAUCACGGCCAUACCUCAGUUCACGCCAGACAUCCACAAGCUCGACGAUAAUGAUGAAGAACUUCUCCACUGUAUUAAGGAAAUAAAGCAUCGAUUGGGUAAUAUGGGAACAGUGGCUGACAGUAAUGAAGCUAUGCGCUGUUCCUACAUUGAGUCAAUCUUACAUGCUAGUGUUCGUAUAGUCAUGCACCUUACCGAGAAGGGGUUACUCUUAAUUCCUCAGUUAGAAGUAUCCGGUGGUGAAAGUCAUGGCCGUGUCGACUAUGCGGUUAAGAAAAUUGUAGACACCAUGGUGGAAGACAUCAUAUGCGUGACCGAGGGCAAGCAGAAUCAAGCAGGAAUUGGUAUAGCGCAGAAUUUAAUGCAGUGUGAAAGCUCAGAACAGACGAAUAGGAGAAAACGAAAAGUUGACGAGGCCUUUAGGGAUUCUUAUUAUGAGUAUCUCUAUGGUAUCGUUUCCACUGCUUCAGAUUGGUAUUUUCUGUUAUACAGUAGUGAAGGAAUCUGGUGCACCAGUAAAACAGAAUAUCAUAUCUCGCUAACUGAAUCCGCUCUAGACGAUGAUACCGAUUUACCUGAAAGUUAA